AAUCUCUUUUACUGUAGAAUGAAUCUAAUAUCUUCAGCAUUUCUAGUAUUAGGUAAUUAAUUAAUAGAAAACUUAAAUUUCUCUUAUAGAUCGUAAGGAGGCGAUAUUCGAUUCCUUCAAACAGUAUGGCCACUUGGGAUGGCUCAUGUCACGAACCUGAAGAUUCAAAUUAUUUUUUUUAUUCGGGUCAAAAUAGUGCCAUUCCUAAUGUAGAAAGUUGGACUUUUUAUCCCAGUAAUGGGAGCAACGUUUUUUUCCAUAGUACUCAUGCACCAUAUUCGCAAAAUACUUCAAUGAUGUUGGGACAAAGUGAACAUAUUGCUUCCUGUCAAACGGAUGCUAACUUUUCAUCAGGUUCUCUAAAUUCAUUGCCUUUAAGAGACACUUGCCCAGAUUACUUAAAUGCUCCAGGCAGCGCACAAGACUGUCAAGGUAACAGUAGGUCACAGAACAUGUCAACAUAUUAUCAAAGCAAUAGACAAGGGAAACGAAUUAAAAAUUAUAAAGAUAACAAUAAAUAUGAAUUUCCAAAAGAAAUUAGUCGCAACACUUGUAGCAUAGUUGAACAUUCCAAUUUACAUCCUACCGCAAAUGAAUUUAUACCACAUGGAAUUAAACAUUACCCCAAUCAAGCAAAUACAAGUCUACAUGUAACUAAUCCAGAAGAUUCUAAACCACAUUUGCCACAAAAAACGUAUGUUUCUGAUAAUGGGAGUAAAUAUAAAAAGAAAUAUAAUACAAAAAAAAAUAAUUCAUACAAAUAUAAAGAAAUACCAGAAUAUAACUUUCGGCAAAGAGCUUCAUUUCAAAAUUCCUAUAAAACACAACAUGGUAGAAAUUAUAGAAAAUAUCAAAAUACUUCUGAAGAACCGGUAGGUAUGUCUAAUGAUCAUAGAAAUAAUUCAACUAUUGAUGAAACACAGAAGAAUGACAAAUUUAUGAAUAUUAAUGCAAAUAUCAAUGCCAAUAAAACUAAUACACCUAAUAUUGAAGAGAGACAUGAAAUCAAUGAUCAAGUAAGAGCUAACAAAGAAAAUGCUGGUGCCAGCAGUACUACAAGUCAAAAUUGUGAUUUAAGUAAAAAUAAUUACCAACGUCAUAAUACUAAUUUUGGAACACAACGUAUUCCUGCUAAAUAUAGUAGAAAAGUUACCAAUAAUCGCAAGAUUGGUAGAUAUGAUAAUAAUUAUCGUGAAAGAAAAAAUAACUACCAGGAGUAUAAUAAUUAUAAGGAAAAAUAUGAAGAAAGCAAAAUAGAUAUUACUAAGGAUAAAUAUAAAAACAAAGAUGUGACUCAAGAAACUAAAGAAGUAGAAAUUGUGAAUUGGAGACAAAAGGGAGAAGGUAAUGAUAGAAAUAAUAUUUCAAAACGAAAGCAGAAUAAAAAACAUGAAGAUGAUGAUGCAAGCCAAAGGGAAAGAUUAACAGAUCAAUUAAAUAGAGGACAAUUAGAAUGUUUAGUAUGUUGUGAAUAUAUAAAACAAAAUGAUUAUAUCUGGUCUUGCUCAAACUGCUAUCAUGUUUUACAUUUAAAGUGUAUAAAAAAGUGGGCAAAAUCUUCCCAAGCAGAAAAUGGUUGGAGGUGUCCUGCAUGCCAAAAUGUAAGCACAACAAUUCCCGAAGAAUAUUUCUGUUUUUGUGGCAAAACAAAUAUGCCUGAAUGGAAUCGCAGAGAUAUGGCUCAUUCCUGUGGUGAAGUUUGUGGGAGAUCCCGAAUAAAAAAUAAUUGCCCUCAUAAAUGUACUUUGCUAUGUCAUCCAGGAUCUUGUCCAUCAUGCAUAGCAAUGGUAACAAAAAAUUGUGCUUGUGGGAAAACAUCACAAACGCUACAAUGUUGUGCAUUAACAUUAUUAUUAUGUGAUUCUGUUUGUGGAAAAAUCUUAAAUUGUGGAAAGCAUACAUGUGAAAAGAAAUGUCAUCAUGGGGAAUGUGAGCCCUGUGAUAAAAUUAUACAACAAGAAUGUUAUUGUGGGAAAAGUAAAAGAGAUGUAAUUUGUCAAUCUAAUGUACCUUCAAUAUAUUCAUGUGAAGGUACUUGUGAGAAGUUGUUAGAUUGUGGAAAUCAUAAAUGCAAAAAAACUUGUCAUCCAAAUUCAUGUGAGUCUUGUACACUUACACCUGAAAAAAUUACAACAUGUUGUUGUGGACAAACACCACUGUCAGAUGAAAGAAAGACAUGUUUAGAUCCAAUUCCAAAUUGUGAAGAAAUAUGUUCUAAACGUCUUAACUGUGGUCAGCCUAGUAAUCCACAUACAUGUAAGAUAAAGUGUCAUCAAGGAGAAUGUCCCGAGUGUGAUUUAACAACAGAUGUAAAAUGUCGUUGUGGUAAUAUGGAUAGAGAAAUUCCAUGUAAAGAUUUAACGACUAAAGCGGAUGAUGCACGUUGUGAAAAAAAAUGUAUCAAAAAGAGAUCUUGUGGAAAACAUAAGUGUAAUCAAAUGUGUUGUAUUGAUCUUGAGCAUAUUUGUCCUUUACCUUGUUCUAAAACAUUAAGUUGUGGUAGACAUAAAUGUGAACAAACCUGCCAUAAAGGCAGGUGUCAACCUUGCUGGCGCAGUAGUUUUGACGAAUUAUAUUGUGAAUGUGGUACAGCUGUAAUAUAUCCUCCUGUACCCUGUGGAACUAGAAGACCCGUUUGUGAUAGACCGUGUUCGCGUGAUCAUUCUUGUGGUCAUGAAGUAUUUCAUAAUUGCCACAGUGAACCAUCAUGUCCUCCAUGUACUUAUCUUACUGAAAAAUGGUGUUAUGGCAAGCAUGAACUUAGAAAAGCUGUCCCAUGUUAUUUUAAUGAAAUUUCAUGUGGAUUAUUGUGCAAUAAACCUUUAUUAUGUGGAAGGCAUAAAUGUAUAACUAUAUGUCACCCUGGAUCAUGUGAGAAACCAGGACAGCAAUGUGUUCAACCAUGUAAUAUAUUAAGGGAAUUAUGUGGGCACAUAUGUGCUGCUCCAUGUCACGAGGGAAAAUGUCCUGAUACACCUUGUAAAGAAAUGGUCAAAGUAACGUGCCAAUGUGGACAUAGAAGUACAACUAGAGUAUGUGCAGAAAAUUCUAGAGAAUAUCAAAGAAUAACUAGCAACAUUUUAGCUAGUAAAAUGGCUGAUAUGCAACUUGGUCAUUCUGUUGAUUUAGAAGAACUUUUUGGACCAGGAGCAAAGAAACAAAAUCAACUAAAAAUACUCGAAUGUAGCGAUGAAUGUAAAUUAAUAGAACGAAAUAGAAGAUUAGCAUUAGGACUUCAAAUUGUUAAUCCAGACUUAAGCGGAAAAUUAAUGCCAAGAUACACUGAUUAUAUGAAACAGUGGGCAAAAAAAGAUCCUCAUUUUUGUCAAAUGGUGCAUGAAAAACUAACGGAAUUAGUUCAACUCGCGAAGACUUCUAAACAAAAAUCAAGGAGUUAUUCAUUUGAUAGUAUGAAUAGAGAUAAACGUCGCUUUAUUCAUGAAUCUUGCGAACAUUUUGGCUGUGAGAGUCAAGCAUAUGAUCUAGAGCCAAAAAGAAACGUUGUUGCUACUGCUGUAAAAGAUAAGUGUUGGCUACCAAGUUAUAGUUUAUUAGAAAUUGUGCAAAGAAACAAUGGACAAAGGAAAGUUCCAGGUCCAAUAUUGAAUACUUCUAAAGCUAACAAUUCAACAAAGACAAUCUUAGCAUUACCUAUAACAAGAAGUCAGCAAAUUGUACCAACUCCAUCAACUUCAAAAUCGCCAGAACCAGAAAUAGAUUAUUUUGAUUAUAAAGGUUAAAGGUUAUAAAUAAGCAGGUAAUUAACUAUUUAUAUAUUCAAUAUAAUUUACUUUUUACGUAUCUUUUCUAUAAGUUAAAAAAAAAGUAGCAGUAUGCUUAUGAACUGGAACUAAUAAUUUUUAAGAAGAAUUAAUAAUCGUAUUUAUUAAUUUCAUAAUAUUUAACAAUCCAUUGAAAAUUAAUUGAUAAACAAACUGCGGAGAAUUGCUAGACUGUGCAGUUUAUUAUUCAUUCACUUUAUAAUCAUACUUGUAAGAAUAUAACAUUAUUUUUUUGGGUGAAAUUUUGAUAUAUCUUUUAAUUAGACAAAUAUUAAUAUAAUCAAUGAUAUAUGAUGAAAAGUUACAAUGUUUUACAAGGAUAUGUUUAAUGAGUGUUUGAUAAGUUAAACAGAAUUCUUAGAGAUCUUAUAACAUAAUACGUAUAUAUAAUCAAACAAAUUUUCUUAGUAAUACAUUUAUGCAUAAAAUAAAAUUAUUCAUUAUAAUAUAGUCAAAUUACAUAAAUGAAUUACAUGGUGAAGGCACAGAUAAAAAGGCAUAAAGAAAUCUGUUUAGCGUAAUAAGAAAUUCCUUUUGAAUAUAAUAUUUCUGUUUUAUGUGUAGUUCUAUGCUUGACAUAUAAGAUUUCUAUACUGUGUAUUUGAGGGUAGAAAGUAUGCAUUUCUACAUUCUGAUAAAUCGAGUGAGAGUAAAAAAAAUACAAAAAUAAAAAAAAAAUAUAUAAAUAAAAAUAACUGUAGUAUGAUCUGCUUGAUAAAAGACUUGUACGAGUUUAUUCAUCAUUCCAAUAAAUAUCCUUAUAGAAUUUCACAAUUACUAUUUCCUUUUAACCAAAAAUCGUAAAAAAAGUAUUAAAGCAAGACAAUAAAUCUUGGCAAAGUAGGAGAUUUAAUAUAUGUAUUUUCUGUAUAUGAUUUCAUUAUUGCAAUUGAUAAUAAUAUUUCAAAUAUUUGUUUAAAAAAGAUAUAUGUAAUUCACUACUAAAUUCUUAUACUUUGAUCAUUAUUUAUUUUGUUUUAUAAUGAUAUAGCAGGACAUAUUUUCAAUUAUUUCAUUUAUUUUUUGCAAUUGUCUUUCAUAAUAUAAUUGUUGUAAUUUAUCAGCAAUGUUAAUUAUUAAAGCUUUUUUGUGAUCAGUUCGUCCCACACAACCAACAUGUAUGUAUAAAUAACACCAAUAGAUAAGAGAGUAGAAUGUGCGUAUGUAAAUUAUUUGAAUUAUCAAUCAUAAUUUUCAAGAUCCAACUUAUUAUGGCUUCUAUUAUAUUGUUUUCUAUAUAUCAAUUCUAAUUAUGUACUUUAAUUGGUUGUUUUAAUUAACAUUUUCCAAAUUUAUAUAUUAUAUUUUUUUAUAUUCUAUUUUCAGAAAUUAUGCAAAAUUAUAUCUCAACAAUUAUUUAUUUUCUUUUCACAAAAAGAUAGUAAAUAUAUGAAAAUUCAACUAUAAUAUACUAUUCUUUUAUUUAUCCUUUCAAUGUUUAUGCAUUUCUUAUUAAAAUAAUUCUACUUAUAAAGAAAAAAGCAUAAAUGUGUGUAAUUCGAAAUUAUACUGCAACAAAAUACAUGUGUGUAUAUGUGUGUGUACAUAUAUAUGUUUUUUGCUUAUCAAUACUGUAUGAUAAUUAUGUGGUUAAUCAUGUAUUAUAAAUAUGUAUUACAUUUCUGAAAUUGUUUUGUAAUUCAUUUAUGAUUAAAUGAUUACGUUUGUAAAGAUAUUAAUUGCUAUUCCAAUAUGUUUAACAUUACAAUAUACAUAGAUUUUACAAUAAUGAAAUUUCCAAUAUUCACAAUGAAUUUUGCAUCCAUAAAAAUAGUUUUGUGCUAUAUAUAUAUUCUCAUAUAACUGUUUUAAGUUUAAUUGAAAAGAUAGAUCUGUUUUAUUGAACAUCCAAUUGUAUAUAAAUAGCUGUUUAUUAUUUAUAUUUGUAGGAGUACUCAUAUAGAGUAAAAUCUUAUGUAGACAAUCUCUUUGUAGACAUUUGUAAGUAGAUAACACGAGUAUUUGGCACAUUGAACAUCAAUGAUAUUUUGAACUACUAAAAUCUGUCAUAAAUUCUACAUAGACAAAUACUGAGACCUUUUAUGCUUCUAUUAAAUAACUUUUUCCUCAUAUAUAUAUUAUAUAAUAAUUGCUCAUAAUUACUUGUAUUGAAAAAAAAAAAAAUAUUUUCUUCAUAACAUAUUAAAAAGUUAUAAAUCAUUUUAACUGUGUUCUUUUUGACAAUUUUGAUAUUCUUCAAUAUAAUUUCUGAAUAUUUAAUAAAAUAAAUUUAUUUAUCUUUAAUUAUAUAUAAUAUAGGGAAAAAUAUAUUUAAAUAGUAAAAUUCUAAAAGAACAUAAAAAUUUAUGUCACAUUAACCAGUCUUUCAUCUCGCAGAAUAAGAUAUUAUGCAAAACUUGCAUAAGCAUAAAAUGGUCUCCUACCCUAAAUACAUAAACUUUUAUCACAUUUAGGAUCACAACACUGUUACACGUUUUCAUUACUGACAAAUUAUUUAGACAUAUAUCAUUAAUACUAAGUAAUUUUCUCAAACAUGUAAUAAUAGGGCACUUCAAAUUUGGGAACAAAUUUUUACCAUAAUCAUGGGCGCAGUGAAUACUUGGUAAAAAGUCAUCACUUUGUUUAUUAUCAGUGCCUCAUUCAUUAUACUAAUACUUCUUUUUUUUUUUUUUUUUUUUUUUUUUUUUAGAGAUUCUAUUAAUACUUUCUAUUUUAAAGUAAAUUUACAAAUAAAAUAUAUCUGACUAUUAUAUCAUAAAACAUAUUUGUUUGACUAAAAUCUCUACUAAUACUGUAUUUGAUAGAAUAAUGUACUCAAUAAGAUAAUAAUAACAUAAAAAGUAGCAGUGUAAUCGUGUUAUAUAUAUUUUAAUUAAAAAAAUAUAUAUUUACCUCGAAUAAUAUAUGUAUAACCAAAUGAAAACUUUAUUCAUUAAAUUGUAUGUAAACUUGUAUUAUAAAGAUAAAAGUUAUCUUAUUAGAACACACUUUUUUUUAGAAUGUUGCACUGAUCUAUUGCUGCAAUUCUACUAUAGUAUUUGAUCAUAUUCUGAUCUUUCUACCAGUCUAUAAUAUUGAUACUUUUUUUUUUUUUUCUUUUUUUUUUUGAGUUUCACACCCAGUUAGCAUUAAAAAUAUAGUAUCAAAAUAAAAUAUAUCUUGCAGAUUCUUUGUAAAAUAGAAAUAACUUAGAUUUCUUAAGUAUGAAACAGGGUAAACAAUUCAAUAAAAAUAUAUUACUGACUGUUCCGUCUAGAAACACACAAUUUUUUAAAUAUAAAGUUAUUUAUAAUAAGAUCUUGUUACUUAACAAGAUUUAAUAAUAUGGAUUAUAUGUUAGUAGAAGAUGGUCAUACAAGAAUAAUCUGUAAAUGUUUUAAUGAAGAUAGAUGGUAUAUAAGAUCAUGGAAAUAUUCAAUUUGGCAUCUUGGUUCUUCAGUCUGUUAUAUGACUGACAUGAGUAUUGCUUUAUAUGUAAAGAUUGUUACCUCGUUUCAUACGUGUGCUAUAAUUGGGAUAACUACUUAAAUAUUGAUGACGUGGGCUUACCGAUGGUUGUUUUGUUAUACUUGCCAUUGCACAACCCAUUAUGAGCUCUAUGGCUCUGCACAAUGUUUGAUAUAAUAACCAAGGCCAUGGCUUGGGAAAUUGAUUUAGCAAUGGCCGUGUAUCAUAUGUUACUGCUUCUGCUAAGAGUCCUAAAUAUAUAAUAUAUUUAUAUAAUAAUAUAUUAAUAAUUUCAUUUCUAUAUAAAUUAAUAUGAAACCGAAGUAUUACCAUAAGGUCCAAAAACACGAACAAGAUCUAUGAUACACAAUAUGAUUCCUAAAAUUGCUGUAGUAUAUGUAACAUGUAACACUCUUCGAAUUUGAGAUCUUCUGACAGCUGCAGUAGUGGCUUCUGGUAUAUGUAGCGGUGUAUCAGAUUUAGCUCUAUUCACGUAUGCUAUGUGAUUUAGUAUUGAAUGCAAUGUAAAAUCAGUGCCCUACAAACAAUUAUCAAGUUAUCUUUUUAUAUACAUAUGCUGUAUUUCACUUGUUUGUUAACUUUAUGUUUAAAUGUACCGUAAUUUUGCUCUCUGCUCCAGAAUUUUCAGGAAGCAAAUUUGUUUCAGCUGUAAUUUCUUCUGAUUCAUCUUUACUUUUAUCCGUUUUCCAAGACAAGCUUUUCUUUCGUACUUUUGUAUCUUCACCUUUAUUCUUUAUCUUUUCAUUCAUUAAUGCAGCUUUUUCAUUACAAUCCGGUUGAUCUGAAUCCGAUUCAGACUUCUCCUGUAUUUCUAUUUUUUGAGGAACUAUACUUUGAUAAUGAGUAGGACUUUUAUCCAAUGUUCUAAUACUUAUAUCGCUACUACGACGAUUUAUAACUAAUGGCUUAAUUUGUGUCAUUUCGGAAUUUCGUCUAUAGGAGAAGUCAGAAUUUCUUCUUGACUCGUGUUUAGCAGAUAUAAAAGUCCCAAUAUCAGAAUUACGUCGUGAACCUAAAAGUUACAUAUAUUUAAAUAAUAUAGUACAAAUACAUAUGCUUUAUUAUAAUUACCUGUAGGACUGAGAUCUAAGACUUUUGGCAAUCUCUGUUCAACUGGGGGUAACAUUCUUCUUGGUGUUCUAUUACCAAAAUCGCUAUUCCUUCUCAAUUUAGUGGCAAACUGAGAACUACGAUUUUUUUCAUGAGAAAAAUCUGAACACCUUCUUAAUUCUUUCGUGCUGCCAGUCGGUGUAAUAUUCUCAGAAUGUCGUCGUGCUAUUCGUUCUGGUGAUUGAUUUCUAUUAAUACUAGGAGAAUAUUUAGGGCUGAAUUCAACACCAUAUUUGAAGUCAGUAAUUGGUAAAACAUCUUCUUCAUUUACAAAUUUAACACUACAUUCUGAAUUUCUACGUGAUGAACGAGAUACAUCACUCCCACGUCUACUUGCUAAAGAGCUUCUUCGACUUGGACUAGAAACUGUUAUUAUUGGUAAAUUUGCAGUUGAUGGCGUAGGUGUCGGUGGUCUAACAUAAACUUCAGGUACAGUAGAUACUGGUUGAACAGAAAUCUCUUCACGUAAAGAUGAUGAAACAUUACGAGACACUUCCAUUUGAUCUUGUUCUUGUUUUUUAGAUAUUUUUAAAGAAUUACCUAAAAAUUAAUAUUUUUUUUUUUUUAUUAUUCUUUUCAAUCUUUGCGAUAUUAAUUUGAAAGUACCAGUAAUCAUAUACUUCAUAAUACCUUUAUAUUCUGAAUUUCCUUCAACAUUGGCACUUUCAUUUUCUUCUGAAUCUUUGAUUUUAGGACUAAAUAAAGUAGGCACCAACGCAGCAGCUGCUACUGAUGUUGCAAGAUUGCUAUACGGUGCUAGCAUAGCAAGUUGCAUAAUGCCUAAAAUAUUUUAAUAACGUUGUAUAAAAUGAUUAUUUAAAAUAAACGAUAGAAACAAACCUU